ACAUUCUCAUCUCAGACUCCAGAUUCCAAAAAAAGGGGCACGAAAAAGAAAAUAUAAAAAUUAAAAUCAGAAUUGAAAGAAGGGGAAAAAAGGGAAGGUGAAUUUGCAGGAAAAUGGGGAAAGAUCUGAGCGACGAUCAGAAAUCAUCGAUGAAGGAGGCGUUCACCUUGUUCGACACCGACGGCGACGGCAAGAUUGCGCCGUCGGAGCUCGGAAUCCUGAUGCGGUCGCUCGGCGGAAACCCUACCCAGGCUCAGCUGAAGUCGAUAAUCUCCGAGGAGAAGCUGAACGCGCCGUUCGAUUUCGCGAGAUUCAUUGACCUAAUGUCCAAGCAUUUGAAGCCGGAGCCGUUCGAUCGCCAGCUCCGCGACGCGUUCAAGGUGCUCGACAAGGACGGCACUGGAUACGUCGUCGUUUCGGAUCUCAGGCACAUCCUCACCAGCAUCGGGGAGAAACUCGAGCCCGCCGAGUUCGACGAAUGGAUCCGGGAGGUCGAUGUUGGAUCCGAUGGCAAGAUCCGCUACGAGGAUUUCAUCGCCCGCAUGGUCGCCAAGUGAUUAGGUGAUAUGCUGAUUCUUGUUAUGGGUGCAUUCGCUUGAAAUGGGAGAUUCUGUUUUCGUUUUUUUAGAGUAGUCUUUUAUUUGGGGUCUCGUUGUUAAGGUUUUCGGGUUUUGAACAUUUUGAACCCUUUAUGUUUUGUACGAUUCAGCGGGAGCACUUUGCUACGUACAAUUUCUUCUAAUCGUGUCAAACUCGUGUGUUAUGUAUAGCUGACUUUUCUCCAAGUCUUGAUGCAGUGAUUCUUGUUCUUCUGAUUGUUUGAUUAUUGCAUAAUAUGUUUUUAUUUGUAUUCGAAUGAUGUUUGUAACAUCCAGCUGAAUCAAUCCAGGUUUCCUU